AGUGGUUACCAAGUGGAACUGAAUGAUCAGCUUGGGUGGGACAAGAAGUCAAACAUUAACAAAUCCCUGUUUAUAAGAAAGUUUUCAUGCACCUGGGGACUAACUGAGACACGGACUGACAGAGCAGAUUUCUGCACAGCAUGGAAUUCACGCCGGUUACACUGUUGCUGUCCACACUCAGUGUCCUGUCUGCGGCCAGGGUCGUCGUGGUACCAGAGAAUUACAAUGUUUCGUUCCCCUGGUUUCUGACCAAGAUUGAGGCCGUCACAACUGGGGAUGUCAGACUCCGAUUGGAAGAUGACUACAGCGGGACCUUUGGGAUCGAGGACCAAACCUUUCUGUUCACCCAGAGGCCCUUCGAUCGGGAAGAGCGGGACACGUAUGAGCUGCAGGUUAAUGUUGAAGACCCUAAUGGGAAACAGCUGGAAGACCCCAUUUCUAUCACUAUCGUCGUUACCGAUGCCAAUGACAAUGCUCCAGUGUUUGAACAGGACCCGUACGUAACCAACGUACACAUGGGAGCACAACCAGGAUACAGAAUCGUGAGAGUUGUCGCCACUGAUUUAGACGACCCCUCGACCCCCAACGGUGCACUGUACUACGAAGUCAUCUCGCAAGAGCCAACUCUACCCUCUGAUGACAUGUUCCAGGUUGACGAGCUGACCGGAGACCUCUCAUUGGCUGCGGAAGGAGCUGCUAUGUUGGACAUGGAUGUUGUUGCCCAAUACAAAGUGGUUGUGCAAGUGAAAGACAUGGGGAAACUAAACAAAGGCCACUAUGUGAGGGCAGACGUCAUUAUUAACGUGAUCAAGAAUGUUUGGGUUCCCCUCAGCCCCAUCUCUGUGCAGGAGAACUAUAAAGGUCCUUAUCCCAUGGCUCUCUCAAAGGUUCAGUGGAACAAUGAUCGAGUACAAUACAGACUGGAAUCCCGGAUUCCUAUCACUGAGAAUCUCUUUAUCAUCGACAAGUGGGGAACCAUCUACCUGACAAGUCCACUGGACCGUGAGUGGAAGGCUAAGUAUGAGCUGGAGAUCUCAGCACUGGAUUACGAUGGAAAUCUUUACGCCAAACCACUGGAGCUGAAGGUGACAGUGACUGAUGAAAAUGACAACACACCCAUCUGUUCCCCGGAGAUUUACGUGGCAACGGUGCAGGAGUACGAGAAGAAAGGUACCUGUGUGGCCAAGCUGAGGGCUGAAGAUGCAGAUGACCCUUUGACUGAGAACACACACCUCUCCUUCCAACUCCACAGCUGGGAUCCUCAGGGACCAAAGGAGCCUCUGUUCACAAUAGACAGUGAGGGGGUCAUCACCCUAGCCAGGGACAUGGUAGACUAUGACUCACUGACUUAUCAUCUCCAGAUCCGUCUGGCUGACCUGGCGGGAGCGGAAGGAAGCUUGUCGAGUACGUGCACAGUCAUGGUUCAUGUGAUUGAGUUGAAUGACAACCCUCCUGAGAUCCCCCAGGAUCAGUACGGACCAAUCAGCAUACCUGAAGAUGCUGACAUUGGCUAUGAGGUUACCACCAUCAAUGCCACAGAUGCUGAUUUCUACCUCUCUGAUGGCUGGUUCAUUACAUUCGUGUUUGAAUCUGGGAAUGAAGACCAGAUGUUUGGAAUUGUCCAGGAUGGGAAGAGCAAUGUUGGGAAGAUCAUCCUACACAAGGUACUGGACUUUGAGGCUGUGAGUGAAUAUACCCUCGUGGUGAUCGCCAGGAACAGGGAGGAGCUGGAAGGCGCCGAGUACGGCCCCAGCUCUACCUCGACUAUCUUUGUCCGGGUGGAGGACGUGAAUGAGCGGCCACAACUGCUGCAGGAGCAGUACGAGGUGAACGUGUCACGGGAAGCACGGCCCGGAACUGUAUUAUUGAAGCUGGAGGGACGUGACCCUGAUGGCCCAGAAAAGCCUGCCCGGUACCGUCUGAGAAACGCCACCACACAGUGGGUCUCGGUUGGCUCUGACUCUGGGGAGGUGACCUUCCUGGGCCGUCGACCGGCAGGAAGCCCCCACCAGCUGGAUGUUCUGGUUGAGGACAGAGAUGACCCCGCCCUGUUUGUCACGGCACACCUGGUGAUCCACAUCGAAGAAGCAUGGGAUGACACUUCCAGUCCACUGCUGGAAUAUUCCGGAGAUUUCCUCUGCACACCAAGGAGGGAAGAGCAAGCGAUCAUCAUCACGGUCUCUGGCAGGACUGUACCAGUGACCCUGUCUGUCGAUGGACCGCCGGCAGAGCAGAGGAAGUGGAAGAUGGACCAGAGAAACGACACUCUUGCAUUCCUGUCCGUUGGUCUGAGCUGGGUGGAACCAGGUCUACAUCAGGUUGUCAUUGUUCUCCGCGAGAAAGGGGAUACAACAGUGAAACACAGAGACACUCUACCAGUGAAUAUUUGUACCUGCAGUUCCUGGGGUCGGUGCAGGAUUGAGAUUGAGCCUAUUUGGGGUAAACCCACUAUCUUGUCCACUGUCACCACCUUAGUUGGCACCUUGCUUGUGAUCGGGAUCUCCAUCAUCAUCUUGCUUGUGCACCUCUCUGUAACCAGCAAGAAACGCAAAAACAGACAGAGGGACAUCAGCUUGGAAGCCUCUCCCCUACAUGCCUCUGUGUAGGGUGCAGUUCAUCUUCACAUCGCUUGAUUGGAAGGUCCUGCUGAAUACCACAUUGGCAUCCGAGCCAAAAUCCAAUCCUGUUCAUUUCAUUUAUCAUUGUAUUAUGUACCAAACUUGACGUUUAUACCUUGGUAUUAGCAGAAAUAACUAGGACAAUCUAACUAUAACUUUAACUCAACUCAUUUUGCACUGUUAAUCUUCACACUGAUAUGUUUGUAUCGGAGAUAUGAAACGGGGUGAAUUUAUACCAGCCAUCUCUCUCAGUCCUGAUGCAGGAUUGUGAUAUGAAAUGCCGAUAUUUCUUCUCCCCCCCUCCCCAUUUACGCCAUUUUAAGCAUCUCCCUCCCCCCACCGCCUCACAGACACUGUUUGACCUGCUGGGUUUCUCCAGAAUUACAUUUAACCAGUAGUUAGGGGUAAGUCUGAAGAGUGUGAAGUACAGGUCUACACGCCCGGUGUGGCCUACAGAUCCAGCGUGGGAAGGUGGGAUUGGUCUAUUUCAUAUCGUGAGAUGGUAGGGUGAAUGUCCUCAUUCUAUCUCCUAUAUUUGUUUUGGUCUGAUUCUCUAUACGUGUCACGAGAUGACGUAUUAUGGGUGUGAUAUAUCUGCAUGCUAUGUUGUGUGAUAUAUUGGUGUUAUAUGCUAUGUGUGAUGUAUAGAGGUGGUAGAUUAUGAGUGUGAAGAUUCUGACUGUAGUGAAUGGGGAGAUAUAAUCAGGGAUAUUCUGAAUAUUGGAACUGAUUUGGCUGGAUACCGUCACUUUUGUUUGAAAGUUCUAAGAUACUUUCUUUAGCAAAGAGAAUACUUUUUCCAACUUAAUAAAUUUCUUUAAGAUUA